AUGAUGAGCGGCAAGCGGGAGCCCGAGAGCCCCAAGAAAGGGCCGGACGUAUCGAGGAUCGCCAGCAUGCCGCAGUCCCCGUUCAUGGCCCGGCAGGCCGAGCGGGCCCACAUGACGGGCCUCUCCCCCAUCGAGGAGAUGCGGCUGGCGCAGAACGAGCUGCGCGCAAAGGUGGCCGCUCGCCUCCCGCCACUGCCGCUGCCCCCGAUGCUGCAGCCCAAACCAACGCCCAAGACGCCGCGUCGAAUGAGUCUCCACGACCAGUUGACGCAGUCGAGCUUGAUGCAGCUCGUGACGAUGCGGAACAUGAUCCGCAAGGUCAAGAACCGAGCCAAAGUGGCGGCGGUGAAGCCUGCGGACGGCAAGAUCAGCGAGUUCCAGGACCAAAGGCUCGAGCGAGAUAUGGACGAGCUCACGCCAGCCGAGGCGCUGGACUUUGUGGAGACCGUGUCCAAGAAUGAGCUCAUCAUCAACAAGAAGAAGCAGAAAAUCAACGAACUGGCAAUGCCGAAGUACAUCAUUUCGCCAAACGGAAAGUUUCGCGUGCGGUGGGACCUCCUCUCGGUCACGCUCAUUUGCUACAACUCUGUCAGCAUUCCCUUCCAGUUGUCGUUCGGAGCUUCUGUGGCAGAACCGAUCUCGGCGAUCGAAUACAUUCAACGAGUUAUUGACUGCUUCUUCAUCGCAGACAUCUUCGUUAAUUUCGUCUCUGCGUAUGAAGAGCACGGCCAAAUUGAAGUGAAGCUCCACAAAAUCGCCAAAAAGUACUUCAAUUCGUGGUUUCUGCUGGACUUCAUCUCAGCCUUCCCGCUUUACUACAUCCAGGGCUCGUACUUCCGCAUUCCACAGCUUGCGCGAUUGUUUCGACUCUUUCGUCUCUUUCGACUAGUUCGAAUGCUGACCAUCACGCGCAUUCUCAACAGGCUGGACUACGCGUUGCUCCUACGGUCCACUGUGAGCAGCAUCUUUAAAUUCGGCAUGCUAGUAUGCUUUACGUCACAUUGGCUUAGCUGCUUCUUCUUCCUGAUCAGUUAUGAUCAAGAAGAUGGUUGGGUCGCCACGAUGGACCUCGAGGAUAAAGGCAUGUACGACAAGUACGUGACGUCGUUCUACUGGGCGAUCAUGACCAUGACGACAGUAGGCUACGGAGAUGUCCAUCCGACCACGACACAUGAACGUAUCUUUGCCAUUUUCGCGAUGAUCAUCGGCGCGUGGAUAUUCGCGUACGGUAUCACCAACGUCGUAGCCAUGGUGACCAACUUGAACGGCCCGGACAGUCGCUUUCAGCUGCGGAUGGAUGAGCUGAACGACUACAUGGAGGCCCGCGAGCUGCCAAUGCAGCUACGGUACGAGAUCCGCGAGUUCUACUUCAACGCGCGCAUUUCGGCCGAGUCCAAGCUGGUCAACGAAGGCAAAAUCCUCGCCGAGCUGUCAGCUCUGCUGCGGUCCAAGAUUGCGUUUGCAAUCAACGACAGUGUGCUGAACAAAAUGCCCUUCUUCGCCGGAGCAGACCACAAUUUCCUCAUGGAGUUGGCGCUGAGCAUGCGCAUGGUGUGCUUCCCGCCGCUCGAAGAGGUCAUCUUGGAGGGCGAGAUCGGCGAGGAGAUGUUCUUCAUCUUCCGCGGCGUCGUGGAGAUCGUCAAGGCCGGCGUGCAGCUCGGCCUGCUCGGCCAGAAGCAGUACUUCGGCGAAAUGGCCAUCCUGAACCAGAACUGCCUGCGAACAGCAACCGUGCGUACCUUGUGCUUCUGCGAGCUGCGCAUGCUCACGCGCGAGAAGUUCCUCAUCGCACUCACGCACUACCCGGCCAUGAAGGAGCGCAUCGCGCGCAUCGUGGAGAAACGUUCCAAGACGACCCCGAAGAAACUGAGCACGACGGCGAGCUCCUCAUCGGUGGAGACGUCGCUGACCGCCCUCGAGAAAAUGGCGGCGUCCGCUUCGAUCGAUGACAAGACCGCCAAGCAACUGGCCACCCCCACGCCGGCCACGACUCUAAAUCGUAUCUCGCAGCUCAACUCGGACUUCUCCGGGUUCUUUCGCUCGCAAACUGCCGAGAGCGAGCUGGAGAAGAUCCAGGCCAAGAUCAGCGCCAUGAUCCAGCAACAGGACCGACUGGCCAAGCUUGUAGUGGACCUGGAAGAGCAGAUGAAUGAAGCCCGCCAAGCGUAG